AUGUGGAAACAAUUUACACUCAAUGGAAAUUAUAGAUGGCUCGAUCUGCUGCCACGUCUCGUGUCAGAUUACAAUGUACGAAAGCAUCGAACUAUCGGCAUGCGACCCAUUGAUGUUACGCCUGCAAUCGCUAAAAAACUCUUAACCACUGUGUACAGUCACGUAAAAAUUGCGGCACCCGCGCGAUUUAAAGUAGGUGACUCGGUACGCGUCAGCAAAUUCAAAACUGUUUUUGAGAAGGGCUAUACACCAAAUUGGAUUACGGAGAUAUUUAAAAUCAUCAAAGUACAGCGUACUAAUCCUGUGACAUAUCUACUGGAGGAUUCCUGUGGAAAACCUAUCGCUGGAGGAUUGUACGAAUAUGAGCUGCAGCGUGUUGCAAAUCCUGACGUGUAUCUCGUUGAAAAAAUAUUACGCAGGAAAAGAGACGAAGUUUAUGUCAGUGGUUGGGAUGCGAUGGAUCACAUAAUUCAUGGAUACAUAAAAACACUGUUUUUUAAUUCAUAA